UUCAAUAUUUUAUCAAAGAUUCCUUUUCAUAAUUCGACUUUUUUAAACUUGUAAAAAAAAAAAUCUAAUUUAAAUGAGUUAAAGUUAUUUUUCAAAUAUGAAUACAAAUGAAGAAGAAGCUGCUGAUAUGUCUAAUAAUAAUGAAGCUUUAAUUUAUUCAAUGGAUGUUCAAAAAGCAAUAGAUGAGAUAUUGCCAAGUGAUGAUCCAUUAGAUAAUCCUGACUUUGACACAAUUGAUUAUAUCAAUAAGUUGUUUCCUACUGAACAGUCUUUGGUGAACAUUGAUGAUGUUAUAAAUUCUUUAGAAUGCAAAGUAGAUUCUAUUGAUAAUGAAAUAAGAUCUGUUAUUCGAGGAAAAAUUGAAGUCAAUAAAGAUGGUGAAGCAGAACUUGAAGAAGCACAACGUUACAUCAAACAUUUGUCCAGUCAAAUAAAAGAAAUUAAACAAAAAGCUGAACAUAGUGAUGAAAUUGUAAAAGAAAUAACCUUAGAUAUUAAACAGCUAGACUGUGCAAAAAAAAAUCUUACAACAUCAAUAACCACAUUAAACAAUUUACACAUGCUAGUUUCUGGUAUUGAAACUCUCAGAGGUUUAACUACCAAGCGAAAAUAUGGAGAAAUAGUUAUGCCAUUACAAGCUGUUACUGUUGUCAUGGAACAUUUUAAAAAUUAUACAGACAUUCCACAAAUUGCUCAAUUAGCAACAGAAGUGAAAAAGCUACAAGAAUCAUUAGCAUCACAAAUAAUGAAAGAUUUUCAUGAAGCCCUCAAAGGACCAAAUGCAAAAAAUUUUGUACCUAAUAGACAAAUGGCUGAAGCAUGUAAGGUUGUAUCUAUUUUAAAGCCUAAUGUGAAAGAUGAUCUCUUAAACUGGUUCAUAGAUCUUCAGUUAUCAGAAUACACUCAUUUAUUUGACACUGCUGAAGAUGUAGCUUGGUUAGAUAAAGUGAAUCAACGUUAUAACUGGUUUAAACGUCAGCAAAUGCAGUGUGAAGAAAAGUUUAAAGAAAUGUUCCCUGAUGAUUGGGAGUUGUCUGAAAGAUUAGCUGUUGAAUUUUGCAUAAUUACUAAGAAUGAAUUAUCAAAAUUAAUGAUCAAAAGAAAAAAUGAAAUUGACGUAAAACUAUUAUUAUAUGCCAUUCAAAAAACUGUUGCAUUCGAAAACCUAAUGUCUAAAAUCUAUAAUGGCAACACUAUACUUCAACACAAGGAUAUUUCAAAAUAUAAUCCUGUAGAUGAUAUUUCUCAAUCAUUUUCAAAUGAAAUGAAAAUAUCUGGCGAUUCCAAAGAAAUUACUAACAUGCCCAUCAAAAAUAAUGAUUUACAACCCUCUGAAUCACCAUUUCAUGGUUUGAUAAGUGAUUGUUUUCAACCAUUUCUUUAUGUUUACAUUGAUAGUGUUGAUAAGAAUUUAUCAGAAUUAAUCGAACGAUUUUCUAAUGAUGUAAAGAUUAUAUUAGUAAAUGAUAAUAUUGAUGACCACACUUCAGUUUUACCAAAUUGUGCUGAUUUAUUUUUGUUCUAUAAGAAAUCUCUAGUACAAUGUACAGAACUGAGUAAUCACAAUCCUAUGCUUGCUUUAGCUACAGUAUUUCAGAAAUACUUAAAGGAAUAUGCAUUAAAAAUAUUGGAAUCUAAUUUACCAAAAAUAAGUCAUCCCACUACUUCUCUGACUACAAAUGUAUCUAACAUGACCAAAGACUUAAUUAAAGAUCUUCAAUUACUUCCUAGUGGAAUUACUGAUCCUAGUGGAAAAAAUAUUAAUUCUACUCCUUCAGAACUUUCAAGAAUAUGCUGCAUAUUAACAACUGCUGAUUAUUGUAUGGAAACAACACAACAGUUGGAAGAAAAGCUUAAAGAAAAAAUUGAUUCCAGCUUAGUUGAAAAAAUAAGCAUGGCUAAUGAACAGAACAUAUUUCAAAAUAUAAUAUUCAUGUGCAUCAAAUUAUUAGUACAACACCUUGAAGCAGAUUUGGAACCAGCAUUAAAUAGCAUGGUGAAAAUUUCAUGGCAAAAUAUCUCUACAGUUGGUGAUCAAAGUGAAUAUGUUUCUUUUAUAACUUCUCAUCUAAAAAUUGUAAUUCCUGUUGUUCGCUCUUAUCUAUCAUCAUCAAGAAAGUAUUUUACAAAAUUUUGCAUUACAUUUGCAAAUUCAUUUAUUCCGAAGUUUAUUCAACAUUUGUACAAAUGUAAACCAAUGUCUAAUAUUGGUGCUGAACAACUUUUACUUGACACUCAUUCGUUGAAAACAAUUUUGCUCGAUUUACCUUCAAUAAAUCUUGAAGAAAAUCGUAAAGCACCAGCAAGUUAUACUAAAGUUGUUGUAAAAGGAAUGACAAAAGCAGAAAUGAUACUUAAACUUGUUAUGGCACCUACAAUGAAACAUUAUACUUCAUUUGUAGACCAGUAUUUAAAAUUAUUACCAGAAUCAGAUAUGUCUGAAUUCCAAAAAAUUUUAGAAAUGAAGGGUUUAAAAGCUGCUGAACGUAAUGAAUUGCUCAACAUAUUUCGACCCAGAAAUCCUACAGGAAGUUUUGUAACAAGUACAGCAGCUUUAUCUAGUUUAAAACAGUAUACUAGUCGUAUAAAAAAGAAUCUUAUAUCUAAUUCUAAUAAUUAGUUGUUAAAGUAUUUAAUUUGUAUUUAUAUAAUGUAAUUUUCAAUAAAAUUUAUAAUGUAUUUGUUUUUUUUUUUCAAUAAAAAAAAUUAUAAACUA